AUGACAGUGGCUAAGAUGUUCGUGGUGGUGGUUGGUGACGGUGGUUGUAGUGGUGGCUUGCUUGCUAUGGCGAUGGUAGUGGUGGUGUUGGUGGGGAUGUCGUCUAAGAGCCAUCAGUUAGGUAAGAGGACUGUUGUUAUGAAAAUUUCGUGGCAAUUUCCAAUAGAGGGGUAUGUAAAGCUUAAUACUGAUGGGACGGCUAGAGGGAAUCCAGGUCCUGCUGCUUGUGGGGGUGUCAUUCGUGACUCAUCUGGACGGUGGUUACAUGGUUUUGCUUGUAAACUUGGUGUCUGUUCAGCUUUCAAGGCUGAAUUGAGGGGAAUCCUUCGAGGUUUAAAGAUUGCGUGGGGUGAAGGAUUUCAUAAUAUUGAAGUUGAGAGUGAUUCAAAGAGUGUUAUCUCUGUGCUCACCAAAGAUGGUGCAGCAGUCCAUUGGAUGGCUAACUAUAUUCUGGAUGCUGAAGAGGGUGUUUCUUUCGUGUCUUGUGAGGCUCCUCCUUCUGGUGUUUCUAGGUUGUAUUUAACAGAUCUCUCUUCUGUGGGUAGAGAUCGUGCUGUAGUUGUUGCUUAG